CGGAAUACUGUCAGAAAUCGAAGCAAAUAUUUGGUUGUUUUUAAAAAUAACUUUACGAUUGGAGGCAAUGCAGGUCUAGAUUUUGUAAAAAAUAAAUUUAUUAAUGUAAAUACAAUUCUAUGAGAAAAAACGGAUAAAGCUGCUAAUAAGGAGCCAGACAAAGAAAUAAAAAUACAAAAAGAAAUCAAAGAAAAGAAAAUGAUUCACAACAAAGUUAAGAAAGGACAUACUUACGUGCAAUGGAUGGUCGCUAUUGUUGUGGAAACAACAGUACUGUCAUAUGGUCUCCUAGCGGGAUGGGUAUCCCCUUUUAAGACUAUUCUUCAAUCAGAUGCUUCCCCAGCGGGCAAACCUCUGACUGAUAUGGAAAUGAGUUGGGUUGCAAGCAUACUACCCUUAGCGGCUGUAACAGGGGUCAUAUUAUUUACCUAUAUAUCGGAUCGUUGGGGAAGGAAGAUAGGAAUUUUUGUAAUGGCUGCCUCGCAAGCUACUUGCUGGAUCCUAAAACUAUCCACUGCCAAUGUAAUCUGUCUGAUAAUAGCCAGAUUCUUCGCAGGGGUACCAGCUGGGGGAUGCUUGCAACUUUUGCCGAUAUACGUGAAAGAAAUAAGCCAGGACAACAUUAGAGGGAUGUUAGUUUCCAUGAUAAUUUUGAUGCAAAAUAUUGGAGUGCUCACAAUGUUUGCCAUGGGAGCGUAUUUAGAUUACGUAACGGUGUUAUGGGUUGGAUUGACUGUAUCGUUAUUGUCUAUUGUAGCAUUGAUCAAAAUCCCUGAGAGUCCAUCGUAUCUAGUCAAGGAAGGGAAAUAUGAACAAGCAGAAAAAAUUAUAGCAUUUUUAAGAGGACUUAAUACAGAGCAUAAAAUUGUGCAAGAUGAAUUAGAUUAUCUGAAAAACAACGAUAAGCAGGCCAAAGAUCUUCCUGAUGUUACGAUUCUGACGAUACUUAAAAAUAAGACAUCACGCGCUGGUCUUCUAAUCAUCAUGAUGAUCAUCAGCGUCCAAGCUAUGAAUGGAAGCUACUCGAUCUUCACUUACGCCUCUUCCGUCAUAUCAGCCUCUGGCGUCACUUUGAGUCCUGAGCUGCAAACACUGAGUAUACCAAUUGUCAUGAUCAUCGGAUCCUUCGUGUCUAUUGCUUGUGUUGAGAAGAUUGGGAGGAAGGUAAUAAUAUCAACAGGUUUCGCCCUAACAACAGCUGGGCUAGUGUGCCUAGGAACAGUGCUGACGGUGCAGCAUCACGGCGGUAGUCUGCCAAGUUGGAUGCCAGUCAUUUCAAUCAUCGUCAUCGUAUGGAGCUACUCUGCGGGGAUUCUGCCAAUGCCCUACGUGAUUAUGGCAGAAAUGUUCAAUUUUCAAAUUCGCGCGAGAGUAUCCGGCUGCAUAUGCUGCUUCGCCUGGUUUGUGACCUUCCUUCAAAUCUUCAUCUUCACUCCUGUGUCAAACCUGGUCGGUCUCCACAACACAAUGUACUGCUUCGCCGCUGUCAACCUUAUAGGAGUUGUGGUCAUACUUGUGAUAGUACCAGAAACAAAGGGGAAGAGUGUCGAGCAGAUUGAGGAGAUUCUGGCUAGAAAAUAAAUAUUUACUUUUGUGAA